AUGAAUUCCAUGUUUUCAGCUGGCAAAGAAUUCUCGACAUCCGCCAACACCUUAAUUCCAGAAUCUAAAAUUAUUUCGCUGAACACUGAAGAGCAACAACAAAACCUCUUGAAGAAGCCUGGAAUUCGCAAUGGCUCUGGAACUCUUGAUACCGAUAAUCUCGAUCCCAAUUUCGAUGGUCACGUGUCAGAAGACGACUCAGACAGCCGGAAUGACAAAGGUUCGACAGAAGAGAGUCGCAUCGACUCUCAGCAUAGUUCUGUAACAUCGAUAGAGACACAUUACCACUAUUCAAAGAUGAAACCGGCGAGCUCAGCGAAUAGUCAAAGUGAAUAUUCACUCAACAUAGCACCAGGACUAUCAAGUUUCAUUCAUCCGAAAUCGAGUUAUACUGGAUUUGAGCCUCCUUUUCCAAUAUCUUCUGAGCAAGAUGCUGUGAAAGACUUGAAGGCUGAAUUUAAACGGCAAGAACUGAACUCCAAGAAAGAAACUGAUUUUCCACCCCACGGAAAGCAUACCGAAGAUAUCGAAUUUGACUUGUCAAGUUUCUCGAUCUACGUGUCUAAUAAUGUUAACAAAUACCAACCGUUGAAGCUUGAGGGGUUGCAACACCACUACGCGAGAAGGGGGAAGGCAAACUUCUUGUUUGACGGUAUCUUGAGUGUAGGCAAUGUACGUAGGUAUGUUCAAGGCGUACCCUUCAUGGAGGUGCCGGUGGGAAACUACGGAAAAGAAGAGCACUCUGUCAUCAGUAUAUGGAUCAGGUCUACACACAACAGAAAUUCUCCAUGCUACUAUCGACUUAAGGAACCGGCGCCAGAGUACGAGCGCUACCACCUCGGGUUUACCUGGAUAGCAAACCUGGCUAAACAUUUUGUUGAUUUCUGCCAUUCUUGUGGGCCAAUGGCAGUCACUACAUCUAAGUUUCGGCAAGAGUUUGCUCAAUGGAUAUGGGGCCAACACAAGGUUUCCAGCGAGUUUCAGGAGUGGUUCAACGGAUAUGGUAGUCGCAACUUUUUGCCGGCAGUCGCUGCCAACAUCGUCUUCUUGAAUAAAGAAUGUUACGGUAUGGAUGAUGAGCUCCGGUCUCAGCCUAUCUUCUCAGAGCUUCUGACUAUGGAUGCAGUACCCAAGCAGAAAAUCGAAGAAGUCAAGACCAUCGUUACGCCAUACAUUUACAAUCUUUUCAGUCAUCUCAGGUUUGGGUCUUUUCUCAAGCCUGUUGAGCCGAUAACUGUCUCUGAAAUUCCUUUUCCUACUGUGUCUAGGGUUUCGAAUACCGCCCGCUCCGAUACCGCCCAAUCAUUGUUCCGUGGCGAACAUGCGAGAGGCAUUCGUGUCGGCGAUGUAAUAUCUCUCCUCACGGAUGAUGCUGCGGUGGGUUCUGUCUGGAAAGCGGAACCUAGUCGACAUCGUGACAUCGAACAUUGCUGGUAUGCUUACAUUUUAGCAGUGUAUACGGAAGAAAGUGAGGAACCUGAGUUCGAAGUGUUAUGGUUGUACCAAUCAUCAGACACCUCGUGUGUUAAGAUGAAGUAUCCAUAUCCUAACGAGCUGUUUAUGUCGAAUCACUGUAAUUGUGGAAAGAAGCGUGAACGAAUUCGACAUAGUGAAGUUCUUAGUAUCGAGGAUGUUCUUUGGCACUCCGCGCCUCCUAAAGAUGACAAGCAGCUAUUCGUUCGCCAGACCUGGAUGGAUCAAGAGCGAUUCGUGACGCUUCAGGAACACCACAAGGGAUGCUUACAUCAUCCUCACUCACUAUCUCCCAGAAGUUGUUCAAUAUUGAAGGACUUCCCUAUCGGGCAGACUGUCUUAGUCGUUGCACCAAAAACGACAAUGCUUGACCCUUUCGAGGUCGUGAAAUACACGAAUUCGGAAGAUGGUCGAAGUAAAGUUGUUUUGCGACGGCUACUACGCCGUCAACAGUUUGAUUUGUCAGGACGCCCAAAUGAGCUUAUCUACACAGAAAAAACGGAGACUGUCCCAACUUCUAGACUACAGCUUAAAUGUUUAGUUCGAUACUACUCUGAGGACGAUGUUGUAUUGAAGCGUAUCCCGGCGCCCUAUUGUCGAGACGGAAGCGGCAACGCUUUUUACAUAUGUACAAGACUAGUAGAAGUUGAGGGACAGAACACCUUGGUACCGAUCCUAGAGCAUCUCCCUCCUUCGCUACUUCAAGGAUUUAAUCCUCUAGGCGAAUCAAAUUCCAAGCAACUCCGGGGGUUAGAUAUUUAUUGCGGAGGUGGAAAUUUUGGAAGAGGGCUAGAAGAAGGUGGCGCGGUGUGUAAUGAAUGGGCCGUUGACAUAUACGACGCUGCUAUACACACAUAUCGUGCGAAUCGCAAGAGAUCCGACUCUAACGGCACUAAAAUGUUUUACGGUUCCGUGAAUGACCUAUUGGUUCAGGCAAUGGCAGGUAACCCGAAAGGAUGUGAUUUGAUACCUACACCAAGCGAAGUAGAUUUCAUUUCUGCUGGUAGCCCUUGCCAAGGAUUCAGCAACUUAAACUCUAACAAAGAUAAUGCGAAGGGGCUUGCGAAUCAGUCACUGCUCGCAUCGGUUGCGGCAUAUGUAGACUUUUAUCGUCCCAAAUAUGGCAUUCUAGAAAACGUGCUUAAUAUGUCGCAAAAGGGUAAAGGCCGAGAUGAUGAUCCGCUAUCGCAAUUGAUCUGCGCUAUUGUCGGCAUGGGCUAUCAACUCCAGGUUUUUGUCUUAGAUGCGUGGAGCUGCGGAAGUCCACAGUCGCGAAGUCGUAUCUUUGUGUCAUUUGCCGCUCCUGGGCUUGAACCCAUACGACAUCCAGAAUUAUCACACUCUCAUCCACCAGGGCAAAAAAACUUUGCGCUCGGUUUGCUUUCAAAUGGGAAAGCUUUUGGCGAGCGUAGGAUGGGCCUCACGCCGUUCCGAUAUGUAAAUAUUGGAGAUGCAACAUCACAUCUUCCUGCUAUUGAUGACGCUUCGACACUACAGUGUACCAAAUAUCCAUAUCACGUCGUUGCCGGUAGCGUCACUUCGAUAAGCAAACAGCAAAUAUCCUCUAUUCCAACAUAUCCUCGGGGGAUGAAUUUCGCUCAAACAUGGCGUGAUGGCAAGGGGGUAAUGACUAGGCAAGAAAGACUGCUAUUUCCUUCCGAAAAUGGUGAAAAGAGACAAAAUGUUUUGCCCAAAUCCAGGGCAUGGGGUCGUAUCAAUCCGAAAGACUUGAUGCCGACUGUCAUAGUUUCCACUAGAGCUGAAGAUUCGCGGAUGGGCCGCUGUCUACAUUGGAAUCAGCACAGGACCAUGACUGUUGCUGAAGCUCAGAUUGCCCAAGGAUUCCCAGAAGACGAAGUGCUUGUCGGAACUCCAACGGACUGGUGGAAGCUGUUAGGAAAUAGUGUCUGCCGUACGGUGUCACUAGCUCUCGGUCUUUCACUUCGCGAAGCUUGGCUAACAAAUCUAUCCCAUGAGUUUGAUGACCAUUCAGAAAAUUUACUGCCAUUGCGUGUACAAAACUGCGUUCGAAAGUCGAUCAAAACCGGCGAUGCAUUGAACGAAAGUGCUGCCCAAGCCGUAGGCCGCUCUCCAGAUAGCCUCAAGCUUACUCAAACGCUGGCCCCACCGAUACUUCCAGGAAGACCUCCGCAAAAGACUAAGUUCCCGAGAAUGAGUUUCCGGCAUCAACUUGGGACCGAUCCACAAACAAGGGAUCAUCCAACCAAGGCAAUAGUCGAAGAUGCCAGGGCAUAUGCACUUAUUCCUGGUAGCGACGACGAGUAUGGAUUGACUAGCUUGCAUCCAUUGUCUACGUUACGCUCACCUUCGCAAAAUCUUGUAGACCGAUCGGUUCUGAGUCGUACCAAUGGGAUGUCUGGGAAACCUAUUCAGGUAGCUAAGUCGGAAUUGAACCCAGUCAAAAAGCGUAAGACAACCGUAGAAGUUGUCGUUGAUCUCUCCUCUUCAGAUGAUGGGGGUAAACCAAAAAAGAAACGUGGCCUAGGGGAACAAAGACUGCAAACAAAAGAGCCGACCUUCACGAGCACAUAUAUCCCCGUGAAUAACAGUAGUUUCUCGGUAUAUGAGAACACAAGUCGGUUUUUGAAUGGUGUAAGAGCGACGCAGGGGUACCGAGAGAGAUAG